GUCGAUCCUACCCGGCCCUUGCGCCCUACAAGGGGCAGUUGCCCAUCCCGCCGGCCCCGAUAGGGCGAAUCUCUGACACUUGAAUGAGAACACCGACGUCCUCGGAGCCAGGUCAAGUUUGUCAAGAUGUCCACCUUCCAAAAGCACUUUGGACUGAAAUCCAGAGAAGAAUCCUACCUGUUUAAAGAGCUGGAGAAAGUUCGCCAGGAGACUAAAAAGAACUUUCUCCAAUUCAAGCAGAAGUUGGCUUCCAACCUGACUUUAGAUGAAGGCCCAGUCCACUACCCGCGCCCGGCCCGCCCUAGGGAGAGGAGGUGCGGUUCCUUCACGCGUCGUCGCAGAACGUCCGCUAAAGUCCCGGCGACAGCCGCAGGGGUCUUCCUGCAGGCGGCGCUCCAAGGCAUUGUGCGCCCCCCAGGCCCCAGCGGGGCCAUCGCUCCGUGGACCAGGCCGUUUCGUCCCCAGGAGUUUUACUUGCGGAGCUCCGCGUUCCUACGGCACAGGAUCCAGAAGAUACCGCCGAUCAUCGCCCCGGAUGUUGGCACGUCCAAACCUGUGGUCCUGCGGCCGCCGCCCACGUCACCGGUGAAGCCAAGAGCGCGCCCGAGUGCCUGGAGCCCGCGGCCCUCCGUGUACAGGCGGGUCCUCGACCUGGCCAGCCAGCGAGAAGCGAUCCAGGAGAUAGUUACGCUCCCAGAGGCCCACAGGGCCAAAGACAGGAAGACCAGCAGCUCCAUCUCCAGUGAGGACAGCGACUGGGAGGCGGGCUGGUGGCGGAGGAGAGUGAGGAUUCGCACUCACUACGUGCGCCAGGGCUCAGACGCCGGGGCGACGGAUGCAGGCGGGUCCAUUUCCAAAGCAGUGUGGGAGAGUGGCGUGUUCAGGGACUUGCAGGAGGUCGCCCAGUCCGAGCUGCUGCCCACCAGAGUGAUCCCCACAACCAUCGAGGAGGUUAUCGCCUCUCUGCAGUCUGAGGCCCAGCUGGCCUCGGACCAGAUCAUCAGAGAGCUCAUACAGAGCAUCCUGGGCCAGAACUACGACAUUAAAGUGGAAGUAGGUGACCUGAACGAUGGUUAUGUUUCUUCUGGGUGA